GUCAAUUCAGAAACUUUGUGGAAGUUCUCUGGACUGUCCGCUGCCUCUGUGUGCGUGGAUUUACAAACUAUAAAGCUGGGUCGUUCUGCUUAAAUAUUUACCCAAGACGUAUCAAGGCUGGAUUUGCGUAGCUACGCCUCACAAACGGAACGACUUCCACGGUCAUUGUCACACUGCCUUUCGCCCUGGACAUCUCGCCUGCUCCCUGAGCAUCUUGACACCGGCUAGAACGAACACCUUGCGCAGACCUCCCGCCACGCCAACGAGAUGGAGAGACCCAGCAUUGUUGCGCUUCUGCUGCUACUCAACGUCGCGACCUCAGUAUCCCAGAUGAUCUGCGAGCCCCUGGAGGUGGAGAAUAACCGGAACGAGUGGAUCCGUGUGGUCCAGGACGUGUCGCCCGGCUGCUGGAGCAGCUACGCCAGAGACGGGGGCGAGGUGCACGUCCUCAGCCUGGAGUUCAGCCCCAACAGCAGCGUGAACUAUUUCUCGCUCAACCUGACAGCAGCCAAGCCGGGACACGUGAUUGUCAGCAGUAGAUCAUCGGCUUACUCCAUAUUCCAUGAAAUUGAACAUGUACAAGUUUACAUGAAAGAGAACCUCUCAAGAAAUGUGGUGCCUAGUUCUGUAAAGCUGAUGGCCCUCCCCACUGACAGCAGUGACCUUCUGAAGUGGGCCACCACGAAAUUUGGGGGUGUAACCUCGUACACCACCAUUCAGGACCCAAGGACCAUCACUUUCACUGGAAAAGCACUGGAGAGCGGCUCUUCUGACUGCACUCUCAGAAACGAGUUUUUCCCGAAGGGGUAUGUGCUGGAGUUUGAAUCCACAGCUCCCUCAAUUCUGAAGUCCUGCCACAGCCGCCCCCAACACUCCCAAAGGGAGAUACACAUCAUCAACAUCCCCGAUGAGGUGGAAACCCGAGAAAUCUCUGUUCAUGUGGCCUCUGAAAAGGACACGAGCAUAUUCCUGAGGGGUCCAGCCAACACAACAUGGACGUUACAUGCACCAACUGACAUAAGAUUUUUGUCGAACAACCAGGUGACCAUGAAGGGUCUGUCGGUCGGCCCCUUCCUGGACAGCCUCCGGGACGGCUAUGAGGACGUGCAGCGGCAGGCCCUGGAGAGGUUUAACUCCAGCUUCAUCACCAGCUACUCGGAGAUCAGGCCGCGCGAUUCUGUGCUCACGCUGGUCCUUGGGAGGAAAGACAGAGAGAAGGUUUCGGUUGCGGAUGUGAGCACGUCUGCAGCCCCACUGGAGCACACCUCCACCGCCCCCAGCGCGCCUGAGCCCUACCUGCGCAUGCAGCUCUACACCUCCUCAGAUUACAGCGUACUGCUCGACCCCACCACCAAAGUGCAGGCCAACAAGAAAAUCUACGCACAGAUAUCGAGCAAGAUCUUUGGGGGCACCAUGCUGACCACCAAGGUGAUGAACUGCUCGGUGCGUUCGAGGGGCCCCUGCCCCUUGGUGCGGAGCAUGCCUUUCAUGCCGGAGUUCUGUCCCAGAAACCUCUGCUCCAACAGCACCAGGAUCAGCUUCACCUUCCAGCAGCUCCCGGAGCUCACCUCCAGCAGCUGGGACCUGGAGUGCGAGGUGAAGCUGUGUGUGAGCGAGCGCUGUGGAACUGGAGGCAAAGUGAGGCAAAAUGUGGAAGUCGCCCAGUCAUCUCUACCGGCGCCAGGGAAGUGCAUCGAUUUCGGUCUGUCUGCCAUCCUGGGGAUUGCAUUCGGAGGGUUCCUGAUUGGAGUGCUGCUCAUCGGAGCCCUGUGGUUCAUCAAGAUCCGUACAGGGUAUCCCUCUGGGCUGGAUGUGGGUUCGACUGCCGUGCACCUCGCAGGAUGUCCCUGCUCUGUGACCAAGCGGCAGCCCGUCUCCAGCGACCCCUCGCCCUCUGAAAACAGCAGUGCCAACGCCAGCAUGGGAAGCACCCAGAGCACCCCCACCAGCAGCAUGGCCUGAGGCCCGCCUCUAGGGGGAGCUCUUUUGGGCUGCUUCUGAGAAUCACCCCAAAAGAAAAAAAAAAAUUCAAGUGGAAAAAAAAACAAGGGCUUUCUUCUCAUACACACAGUCGAUCUCCAGAACCCAAACCAAU